ACAACAAUAGUGAUCAAUAAUAUGCCACUGAUUAGUAAAGGGCUUACCGGAUAUAUAAGCAAUAGCUAGCGACCAAGCUUACAGGUAUCAUGGCAGACUGGUAAGAGUGAAAACAAACCAUUGCUAAGGGUAGUACCAUACGUGACAAUGAGCAGGUUUACCCCUGGCCCUCGUGUUGUGACCAUCUACAAAACUGACACGGGGUUCGGGUUUAAUGUGCGAGGACAGGUCAGCGAAGGAGGCCAGUGGAGACCGAUAAAUGGCGAGUUAUAUCCACCCCUCCAACAUGUCUCCGCGGUAUUGGAAGGAGGGGCGGCUGAACAGGCUGGCAUUCGCAAGGGAGAUCGCAUCCUCGAAGUGAAUGGAGUGAAUGUGGAAGGAGCAGAGCAUCGGUAUGUAGUUGAACUCAUCAAGCAGGGAGGUGAUGUUUUGAAAUUGACUGUAAUAUCUGUGUCACAGAAGGAGGCUGAGAGAUUGGAACCAAGUGAAGAAACCUCUGGUUUUUCAUACAUUGACUACAGUGAAAAACGCUCUCUCCCAAUAUCGAUUCCAGAUUACUCGUAUAUUGAGUCUGGUGUUGAAAAAUAUGUUGUCUUCAAUAUUUAUAUGGCGGGAAGACACUUGUGUGCCCGCAGAUACAGAGAAUUCUCAAAUCUACAUAAUAAUCUCAAACGAGAGUUCAUGGACUUCAACUUCCCAAAACUGCCUGGGAAGUGGCCUUUUUCGUUAUCUGAACAACAGCUAGAUGGAAGACGUCGAGGACUUGAAUUAUACCUUGAGAAAGUUUGUGCUGUUCGUGUCAUUGCAGAAUCUGAUAUAAUGCAGGAUUUCUUGAAUGAUUCUGAUGAUCAUCAGGGUAAUAGUAUUCGUGUGGACCUGAAGGUGCUACUACCUGAUAAGACUGUUGUAACUGUAACACAAGCAAAGAAUGUACUUGCUCAUCAGGUCUAUCAAGCAGUAGUCGAAAAAAUCAACAUUCCCCCAGAAACAGCCAAAUGUUUUGCUCUAUUUGAAAUAGUAGAAUAUAAUUUUGAACGUAAAAUAUGUGAUGAUGAGCUGCCUCAUAACUUAUACAUUCAGAAUUAUAGUACAGCAACUGCAACCUGUUUAUGUAUACACCGUUGGUUAUUCAAUCCACAUCGAGAGUUACGUCUGUGUAGUUCAGAUGAUACUGCUCACACCUGGCUGUUCUGGACUGCGGUAGAAGAUGUCAAUAGAGGUCAUAUCAAGCCCACAGAUCAAUUAUAUCAACUAAAAGCAUUACAAGAUGAAGCUCGAAAAGAACAGUAUUUACAGGUUGUACGAGGAUGUGAAGGCUAUGGUGAUAUUGUUUUUCCUCACUGUCCAUGUGAUUCCCGUAAAAGAGGCCAUGUGGUGGUAGUGGGUUACAAGUCCUUCAGAUUGCAGGCCUGCAAAGAGGAUGGCACAUUACAGACACAAGUGAUAGAUUUUGCUUGGUCUACCAUUGAAAAGUUUGAAUUAGACGAUGAAACUAUGGCAUUUUGUUUCCUAUAUAGACAGACAGAGGAGCUUAUCAGAUGGGUUAAGAUAUUCACUCCCUAUGUAAGUAUAUUAAGACUUUUUAUUACAAUCCCAUAAAUAAUUUAGCAUUCU